CCGCCGCCCCCUCGCCGGCCGAGCCCCGGCCCUCCCCCGGCGGCAUGGAGGGGCCUCGCUCCUGACGGCCGCGCCGCCCCGCCCGCCCGCCGCCCCCGCUCGCAUGUCCGCGCCGCCCUAGCCGAGGAUGCUGAGGAUGAAGCUGCCGCCGAAGCCGACGCACCCCGCGGAGCCGCCGCCCGAGGCGGACGAGCCUGAGGCGGACGCGCGGCCGGGAGCCAAGGCACCGGCGCGCCGCCGCCGCGACUGCCGGCCUCCGGCUCCUCCCGCGGGCCCGCCGCGGGGCCCCCCGCCGCCGCCGCCGCCGCCGCCCCGGGGGCUCGGGCCGCCUGUUGCUGGCGGCGCGGCGGCGGCGGCGGGGCCGGGCAUGCCGGGCGGCGGCGGGGGGCCCGCGGCGGCGCUGCGCGAGCAGGAGCGGGUAUACGAGUGGUUCGGGCUGGUGCUGGGCUCGGCGCAGCGCCUCGAGUUCAUGUGCGGGCUGCUGGACCUGUGCAACCCGCUGGAGCUGCGCUUCCUGGGCUCGUGCCUGGAGGACCUGGCGCGCAAGGACUACCACUACCUGCGCGACUCGGAGGCCAAGGCCAACGGCCUCUCGGACCCGGGCCCGCUGGCCGACUUCCGAGAGCCCGCCGUGCGCUCGCGCCUCAUCGUCUACCUGGCGCUGCUGGGCUCGGAGAACCGCGAGGCGGCCGGCCGCCUGCACCGGCUGCUGCCCCGCGUGGACGCGGUGCUCAAGAGCCUGCGUGCGGCCCGGGCCGGCGCGGACGGCGACGCCGAGCAGGACGGCUCGGGCCCCGAGGGCGGCGGCGCCGAGUCCCGGGCGGCCGGCGGGCUGGGCUCCCGGGCGCAGGAGGAACUGCUGCUGCUCUUCACCAUGGCCUCGCUGCACCCGGCCUUCUCCUUCCACCAGCGGGUCACCCUGCGGGAGCACCUGGAGACGCUGCGCUCGGCGCUGCGCGGCGGCCCCGGCGAGGCGGAGCCGGCCGGCCCCAGGCCCCAGAACGACUCUGCUCAUGGUGAUUACAUGCAAAGUAAUGAGACCAAUUUACUAGAACAAGCCCCAGUACCUCAGGAUGGACUUACCAUGGCGCCUCACAGAGCACAGCGAGAAGCUGUACACAUUGAGAAGAUAAUGUUGAAAGGAGUCCAGAGAAAAAGGGCUGACAAAUAUUGGGAGUACACUUUCAAAGUAAAUUGGUCUGAUCUUUCAGUCACAACAGUAACAAAAACCCAUCAAGAACUGCAGGAAUUUCUACUUAAGCUUCCAAAGGAGUUGUCUUCAGAGACUUUUGAUAAGACCAUCUUAAGAGCCCUGAAUCAGGGUUCCAUGAAAAGGGAAGAACGGCGGCACCCUGACCUGGAACCCAUCCUAAGGCAGCUAUUUUCGACUUCAUCGCAAGCUUUUCUGCAGAGUCAGAAAGUGCGCAGCUUUUUCCAGUCCCUGUCGCCAGACUCGCUGCACAGCCUCAAUAACUUACAGUCCUCUCUGAAGACUUCAAAAAUAUUAGAACACUUGAAAGAAGACAGCUCGGAAGCUUCAAGUCAAGAAGAAGAUGUGUUACAGCAUUCCCUAAUCCACAAGAAACAUACCGGGAAAAGUCCCAUUGUAAACAACAUUGGUACAAAUUGUUCUCCGUUGGAUGGGCUUACCAUGCAAUAUUCUGAACAGAAUGGAGUGGUGGACUGGCGGAAGCAAAACUGCACCACCAUGCAGCACCCAGAGCACUGUGUGACCUUGGCUGACCAACAUUCUGCUGAAAAGCGGAACAUGGCUUCAAUAAGUAAGAAGAAAGGAAAGUCACAAAUAGAAAAGGAGAAAAUGAAAAAAGCGGAUAACAGAUUGAAUAGCAGGAUAAAUGGUCUGAGAGUGUCUGCUCCUCAGCAUGCCCAUGGUGGUCCUGUGGAAGAUGUAAAUUUGGACAUCGGAUCUGGACAUGACACAUGUGGAGAAACAUCUUCAGAGAGUUACAGUUCUCCCUCUAGUCCUCGACGUGAUGGAAGAGAGAGUUUUGAAAGUGAAGAAGAGAAAGACAGAGACACAGACAGCAACUCUGAGGAUUCUGGGAAUCCAUCAACAGCCAGGUUCACAGGUUAUGGCUCUGUCAACCAGACUGUCACCGUCAAGCCAACUGUUCAGAUUGCUGGCCUAGGAAAUGAGAAUGGAAACCUCUUAGAAGAUCCCUUAAGCUCACCCAAGUACCCCCCCAUUCCUUUUAUGCCAACUUUACACUGUGUCAUGCACAAUGGUGCCCCAAAGGCUGAAGUUGUCAUCCCUGCCUCCAAAUCUACUGACGGCAAAACCCUGAGCAUGCUUGUGCCCAGGCCUGUAGCUAUUUCUGCAGUCAGGGAGUCGGCCAGUGCAGCGCCUGUGGGAAUCCUGGGACCCACAGCCCCCACUGGAGAAGCAGAGAAGCACCGUGACCUGCUGGUUCCCCCUUUACCCACCCCCUCCACCUUCCUUCCCCAUGGGAGCGCUCCCACAUUGCACCCACCAUUUCAGGGGCUAAAGUCGCCACCGCCACAGGGGUCUGCUGAGAAUUGCACGGUGAAUAUCCCCCAACAGCCAACAGCAAGCCUGAGCAUCGGAUCACCAACCACUGCCUUUAUUCAUGUCCAUAGCCCCGGGGGCUUCCCAGGAUCUCCUGUGACUGCCACGGACCCCAUCGCCAAGUCUGCACCCCCAGUGGGAGGACUGAAUCAAAUGGUGCCUCAAAUUGAGGGAAGCACAGGGACAGCCCCUCAGCCUACCAAUGUGAAGGUAGUUCUUCCAGCAGCUGGCCUCUCAGCUGCCCAACCACCAGCUCCCUACACCUUGCCGGGCUCGCCCCUCGCUGCCAGCGUGCUCCCCACCCCAAGUUCCAGCGUGCUCAGCCCAGCCGCCACGUCGGCACAGCCCGUGAGUGCAGGCCUCAGCCAGGCCCAGGCAACUGUUCCUGCUGCCGUUCCCACCCACACGCCAGGUCCGGCCCCAAGCCCCAGCCCCGCCCUGACCCACAGCACCGCGCAGAGUGACAGCACGCCAUACAUCAGCGCCGGGGGGAGCUCGAGUGCUAACGGGACAGUGGUGCCACCAGCGCCGCAGCAGAUGGGUUCGGGUCCAUGUGGCUCUUGCGGGCGCAGGUGCAGCUGUGGGACCAAUGGAAACCUGCAGCUCAACAGUUACUAUUACCCCAACCCAGUGCCCGGGCCAAUGUACCGAGUCCCAUCCUUCUUCACCCUGCCAUCCAUUUGCAAUGGCAGCUACCUCAGCCAAGCACAUCAGAGCAAUGGAAACCAACUUCCCUUUUUUCUGCCUCAGACUCCAUAUGCAAACGGACUGGUGCAUGACCCAGUCAUGGGGAGCCAGGCCAGCUACGGUUUGCAGCAGAUGGCAGGAUUUGGGAGGUUCUACCCCGUCUAUGCAGCACCCAAUGGAGUUGCCAGCGCCAGCGGUUCGGGGCCCAAGAAGAAUGCCACUGUGUCCUGUUACAACUGUGGUGUGAGCGGACACUAUGCCCAGGACUGUAAGCAGUCGUCCAUGGAGGCCAAUCAGCAAGGCACUUACAGACUGAGAUACGCACCUCCCCUCCCCCCUCCUAGUGAUCCGUUGGAUUCUGCAGACUGAACCAAGUAAAGCUUCCUACUUUGUACCCUCGAGUAUGGGGAGGCGUGGGUGUGGAGGGGAGGAAAGGAAAGGUAUUUGGUUUGUUUCUUUGUCUAUACAUUUGCUAGAUUUCUAUGCAGUCGGGAUUUUUCCUUUCUCUUGUACCAAUGUCCCAAACAAGAAUGAACGCGGUACCCCGAGCCCAUCGUCUCCUGGUUCCCGAUGCGGCCUCCGAGGGGAGACGGUGCCGCGUGCUGUUUAUUACACUGAAUACUUGCUGUGUGCAAUGUUUACUGAAUCUUUAAAACUGUGUAUUUGAUUUUUUUUAUAACACUGGUGACAGUCACAUGGUUUUGG